AUGUCCCAGUCUCAAGGAAUCCAGGCUGAGGAAUCGAAACCGGUUUUAACAGCCUCCGUCAAUGAUGUGAAGUACAUUGUCGCCCUUCUCAGAGGCAUCAACUUUUCUAACCGUGCAUCAGUCACCCUUUCGGCUGAUUUAGGCAUAAUUGUUACCGUCGAAGAGGCGCGGACCUUGCUAGCAACAUCAUAUAUAUAUUCCGACCACUUUGACGAAUGGAAUUAUUCUGCUGAUAUUUCUGGACCUGCAUCAUCUCAGCUAUCCGACCCACAUGUCGACCCUUCAACCGUAACAUUCGAGAUUCCACUAAAUACCCUCAUAGAGUGUCUGAACAUAUAUGGCACAGCAAGCAUGUCGGCUGCAGGGAGUGGUUCAUCUCAUAAAAAGUGGCGCCGGGGAGGCGAUCGUUCUGACGACGAGCGCUACGAGGAACGCCGUGAUGGAAGGCAGCAGGCGAAGGGUGCAAGUAAUGCUCCAGCCGGCAACCGCAUUGACCAAUACUUCGGUGGUGGGAGCGAUAAGGGGACGCGUGCACGGCUGUCCUACACAGGUUCCGGACACCCACUGACACUGUGGCUUGCGGAAGACUCGUCUGGUCCGACUACGACGUGCGAGAUAGUGACGUUUGACCCGGAACCCUUUGUUGAGCUUCCAUUUGACGGUGAUCGCACUGUAUUGAAAAUAAUUUUCAAGUCUUCCUCGUGGCUUCGGGAUGCGCUUGUUGAGCUCGAUCCAUCAUGCGACAAAAUCACCUUCGUCAGUAAUCCGGUUGCGGAAGUCAGAAAGGCGCAUAGAGGGAUGCCAGCGAAGCCCCUGUUCCGUAUCAUAGCGACGGGUAGUUUUGGGACAACAGAGAUGGAUUAUCCUAACGACCGCGAAGUAUUAGAAACUUUCGAGUGUUUCCGUCCAAUGAGGGCAAGCUACAAUUUCGCGCAUAUCGCGCGCACUCUGCGUGCUUUGCAGAGCUCGACUAAGACUUCCCUUCGGAUCGAUGACGAAGGGUUGUUAAGUUUGCAAUUCUUGGUGCCCGUACCCAAGCCACGAGCAGGGCUGUCUGAUUCUUUUAUCGAGUUUCGAUGUCUAGCAUUAGAUGAAGAAGUAGCUUCCUAA